UCCCCUGCUAAAAUUAUCAUUCAUCAUCAACCAUUCACUCGCUCAUCAAAGCAAUCCUUCUCUGUCUCUCUCUCUGAACACUCGUUUCUAUACAAGAACACUCGUUCAAUCUUCCAACUACCUUUCAAAAUGAAGUUCGCUGUCGCUGCUAUCCUUGGCUUCGCCAUGACUGCCGUUGCUAUCCCGGCCGCUAAGGGAAGCCAGAAGAAGCUGUCCAUCGACGACGCUUCCGGCCAAUGCUCGAUUGGGGACAUCUACUGCUGCAAUCCCAGCAACAGUGAGGACACUGACGGUCUUCUGAACAAUGCACUCGAGGAGGGUCUUCUUAUUGGAAGUCUCGUCAAUGGCAAGGGAUCUGCCUGUGCUCCCACUUCGCUCAUUGGGAAUCUCAACCUGCUUGCCUUUUUCGAAGAGGGACAGGAUGACGAUAAGUCCUACUGCAAAAACACCAUCGCCUGCUGCCCCAACGGAAGCUGCGCAGCCCUUGACGGAUACUAGAGGGAUGCUUAAUCAGCCCCACUGGCCUCGUGCAGAUGACGCAGGUUCAACGGCAUCAAUUUGCUUGGGAUCAAGCUUCGUGGAGCUUUCAUAUCAGCUCCAUCUGCUAAUUGAUUUCGUGUUAAUGGCCCAGGCAUCCAAGUCCUUGGUCGGCCCAUGUACUUUUGGAUUUUGUGUCUUUUUAGACUAGAGUUUAGCUUAGCUUAGUAAAAAGAAAGGGUUUCGUCCGUUUCGCA